AUGACGAAAUCCACCACACCUCAGCACUGCAACGACCUGCGCGGCGCACAUGAGGUGAAAGUUGCACACUUGGUGAAUCAAACCUGGCGUAGCUCUGCAUGCGGUGGCUCGAAAGUGCCAAUAUCCUGCCUUACAAAGGACGACAUCUCGAGCAGGAACAGCCAAAUGGAUGGUGAAUUUGCCUUUGCGCAUGAAAGUAUCACAAACUUUAAAAGUGCUCACUCUAAGCCGGAUUUAAUAACAAUAGAAUCACUGUUACCUUGGAACUCGACUCCCGCUUACUCACCACACAUGAACAAGUCAUAUGAGAAAGCGAUUUGUGAGAGCGAUAAAGCUAGCGGUGGCAAUAGCGAAAUGACGAAAUCCACCACACCUCAGCACUGCAACGACCUGCGCGGCGCACAUGAGGUGCCGAGUGAUGGCACGAACGCCCUCAUCCGAGUCGAGGCAGUCGAUAGAUCAGAUCUGGACGGUCGAUUCAAGGCAGUUGCAUCCACGAGCAGCGAUCAGGGUGAUAUCCAGAUCAAUGGCCGAUCAUGA